AUGGCCCGGAGGGAGGUCCGACCGCGGAGAGGCCGAGGGGAGCUGGCCUCCGACGAGGCGGAGAGCGGGGCCGCAGCCUGGACUUUUUUCGGCUGGAAUGGACAAUUGGAGGAGGAGUUGCUGCUCCAGGGGCCACCAGCAUUGUCUGAAGUUUUGGAAUAUGUGAAUUAUGACUGCUGGAAUAAGGAACCUGAAAAAUGGCACAAUGAACCGUCUUUCUCACACCCCAUCUCAGCGCCCUCCGGGGAACGGGAGAGGUCGGUCCUUCCCCGGCACGUUCCCUCGCUGUUGACCAGAAGAGGGAGCAGCUUCCGCUGGAAGAUGAGGCGUAGACAGACACCCGUCGGAAUGGCCACCCAUUUCCCCAAAGCCUCGGACUUAAAAAAAUUUGUGGAGGGAGCAGAGCUCGAUGUGAAGAAGGGGCGAGACCAGAGCCUGAGAGAGACUAUUUGGAAGCAGGGUUCAGUUUCCUGGAAGAAGCGUGGAGGGCUCUGUGGAUUCUCGCUCCGAGUGGGUUGGCCUCAGUGGACAGACGAGAAAUACAAAGGCCAUGUUUUGGGGCCUGAAGGAGAUGUAGAGCAGGUGAAGCUUCGGGGCUGGAGAGGCAGUGAAGACCUCACGUCUAGCGUGUGCCAGCAACCGCGCCAGGUGUGA